AGCCGCUGCGCAUGCAAUGAGAGAGUAAUUAGCGUGCUCUCCCGUCGCCUCGUCAGACCUCACGAGCCUGUACGCACUUUGCAAUCGCUCUAGUAGUUCUGAUGUCUUCCGAUCGAAAGGUAAUUGGUCUGAAGCCGCUGGAGUAUGUACACAUACUUGACAUCAAUACGAACGUGACGGGCGUCGAGGUCGGCCCUCAGAGUGUCUCACUUCUUGAAAAUCAACGCCUCGUGGCCGGGCCGCUCCGAUUCGUCAUCGUUCCGCCGGGCCACUACUGUGUCGUUCAAGAUCCUAUCGACCGAAGCAAGUUGGAAGCUGGAAAGACGCCUCCUCAGCAGUUUGGAUGGAGAGAAGUGCGAUUUCAUGGUGAACCGUUUCCGUUGUAUCCGGGCGAGAUCUUGCAGGAUGCUGCGUCGGCUGGGAAUUAUGCGAAGGCUCUCAAACUGCUUCCAGUCGUCAAAGCUAAUCAUGCUAUCCGCCUGAGGGCCGCUGUUGAUCAUGAUGACUCGAGUGGAGAGAGGAGGUGCGCUGGAGAUAUGUGGCAGUUGGAAGGCCCUCUCACGUAUUGUCCUACUCCCGAGGUGGACAUUGAAACAAUCUUAGCUCCUGAGGUCAUCUUGCCUGGACAUGCUCUCAGACUGCGAGCCAGAGAGAGGUUCACGGCGAAAGAUGGUGUCGUCCGGGUAACAGGAGAGGAGUGGCUGGUUAGAGAUGAAGGUGCCUACCUGCCUGAUGUGUUUGAAGAAGUUCUCGGGUUGGAGAAAGCCUACACGCUAACCCUCGACGCUGCUCUUCAUAUGAGAGCAAUGAUUACUGGCGAAGAUGCUAACGGGAAGGAAAGAAAAGCCGGUGAUGAAUGGCUAGUUACACUAGAUGAAGCAGAAACAUACAUACCAGAUGUGUGGGAAGUGGUGGUCACUGUUGUGAAGAGAACCGUGCUUAACUCACUGCAGUACUGCGUUGUACUUGAUCCAAUUGGUGACGAUGGCAAGAACAAGCUUGGAAUGAAAGAACUGCGGAAAGGUCCAGUCCACUUUUUCCUUCAUCCUGGAGAAAAGCUGGAGAGAGACAUUCAGAAAAGCUACAUCUUGGGCGAUGAUGAGGCACUUGUUCUUGUUGCUACAGAAGAAUUUGUGGAUGAGUCAUCUGGCGACGAGAUACAACAUUCUGCUGGUGAUCGCUGGAUGAUUCAAGGUCCGACAAGUUAUGUUCCACCAGUUGAGGUUACUGUGGCAAAGAUGAGGAAAGCUAUUCCACUGAACAAGAAUGAAGGUGUGUAUGUUCAGAAUAUCCAAACGGGAGAAGUGCGCUCGGUGAUGGGUCCACAAUCAUAUCUCUUACAGGAAUAUGAGGAAUUAUUUGAAAAGCAAUUACCCGAUGAUGUCGAGGAGAUGCUGAAAGUUGGCGGAGGCAUUGGUGAUGCAAGUAUUCGCAAGGUUGCUUACUUUGAGUCAUCCAUCGAUGCAGCAUACACAAAGAAGCGUGAUAAAACUCGAGUUGUCACAUACCGUUGCCCAAAUAACUCUGCAGUGCAAGUCUAUAACUACCAGAAACGCGCAGCACGUGUUACCUUUGGCCCAGAUAUGGUCAUGCUUGAUCCACACGAAAAUUUUAAUGUCCUGAGUUUAAGUGCCGGCAAGCCGAAGAAGGAGCAUGCACUUCGUUCACUAGCAUUGAUGCUGGGUCCUGAUUUUAUUACUGACAUCAUUGAUGUUGAGACAAGUGACCAUGCUAGGCUACGUGCUGUUGUCUCCUUUAACAAUUAUUUUGAAGCAAACAAGGGUGAUAAAGAAGAGGAAGCAAAGCUGUUUAGUGUACCAGAUUUUAUUGGAUUUGCCUGUCGUGAUAUUGGCAGUCGUAUUCGCAGUGCAGUUGCUCAAACACCGUUUGAUGACUUUCAUCGCCACUCAGCACGAAUCAUUCGAGUGUCAGUGUUUGGGCUCGAUGAUCACGGCAAAGUCAAGUCAGAAUUGAGGUAUCCAUCGAACAACUUGGUCAUCACUAAUAUUGAUAUACAGAGCAUUGAACCGGUUGACCGCCAGAUGCGUGAAAGCCUAAGCAAGAGUGUCCAGAUGGCCAUCGAGAUUGCUACGCAAUCUAUUGAAGCUCAAGCUGCCCAUGAGGCGAAACGACAUGAGCAGGUUGCACGUGGACAUCUGGAUAGACAAAAACUUGCCAAUGAAAUAGCAGCAGAAAAAGCUAGAAUGGAACUGUAUGAGCUUCAGGCUGUCAGUGCUGCUGUUGAGUCGACUGGUCAAGCAAAAGCAGAAGCUCAAGCUGAAGCAGAGAAGCUUUUGAUUGAAGGUGAAAGUGAGAUUGAGGCAGCAAAGUUGAAGGCAGAAGCAGAAGACAUCGAGCAAAAGGCUGAAUUAGAAUCACAGAUGAAAUCGAGAGCGGACGAGUUAAGUUACCUACGACAAAUGAAUGAGCUAGAGAUCCAGAAAAAGAGAGACAUGGCUAACAUUGAGGUGGAGAAGUUCAAGCAGUCAACAGAAGCACUGGGAUCUGAUACAAUUGCAGCUAUUGCUCAAGCUGGACCCGAGUCCAAUUUGCGCAUGCUCAAAGCUCUGGGCAUCACUACUACACUGAUUACUGAUGGUAAGAGCCCCAUCAACCUUUUUGGAACGGCAUCAGGAUUGAUAGGUGCAGUAGGUAAAGAAGACGACAGUUAGGAACUUGCAAUUUGAUUUUUGCAACUCUGCAUGAGCUUUGCAAGUGGUUGUGACCAUUGGCAUUUAGGCUUUUUUAUUCUUUUGCUGCUUAGUCAAUUGUGUUGAAUUGGAUUGAUUCACGUGGAUUUUAUGUGCUAAUACAAAAGUACUUGUGGUGCACA